GCGGAUCUAUGUCACUUCCGUCAAAAAUAAAACAAAUGGUUAUCCAAGCAAUGCUGUGGAGUCGCAAUUAAUUGGAAACCUAUAAAUUUUCUAUUUUGCUUUUACUGAUUCUAUAGUUUGACGAGGAGCCGACCACCAUCAGAUCACUAGUGACAGAGGCGCCACUCAUGGAGCCGUCCACCAAACCUGGGAACAACCAGGUGGCGGAUGUGGUAUUUGUCAUUGAAGGGACUGCAAACCUUGGACCUUAUUUUGAAUCUCUGAGGAAAAAUUACAUACUACCAGCUAUAGAAUAUUUCAAUGGAGGACCCCCUGCAGAAACAGAUUUUGGAGGAGAUUAUGGAGGCACACAAUAUGGCCUUGUUGUGUUCAACACAGUCGACUGUGCUCCUGAGUCAUAUGUCCAAUGCCAUGCACCAACCAGCUCUGCCUUUGAGUUUGUCUCAUGGAUCGACAGCAUCCAGUUCAUGGGAGGUGGAGCUGAAAGCUGCAGCCUAAUUGCAGAGGGACUCUCUGUGGCUUUGCAGCUCUUUGAUGACUUUAAGAAGAUGAGGGAGCAAAUAGGUCAAACACACAAGGUAUGUGUACUUCUGUGUAACUCUCCACCAUAUCUGCUUCCUGCUGUGGAGAGUGUUAGCUACACUGGUUGUACUGCAGACAACCUGGUCAAAAUCAUUAGAGAUAAAGGAAUUCACUUCUCUGUUGUGGCUCCUCGGAAACUGCCUGCUCUGAGAGCUUUGUUUGAAAGGGCAUCUCCAGUAGGAGGGGCAGUUGAACCCCAUCCAGACUACAGUCAGGACCCCUUUCACAUGGUCCUCAUCAGGGGCAUCUCACUCCCAGUUUCAGUUUCCUCUGGUGGUGGACCAGGACCUCUCAAACCUGUCCUCCCUCCUCAACAACUGACUGUCAGUCAGCCUCUUGGUGGAAAUCUACAGCCCCCUUCAACCAUUAACACAACCCACCCUUAUCAGAAUCCAGCCCCCAUGGCUGCUGCUCAGGCUGCUGCACAGAUGGCUUUGGAGGCAGCCAACAACCAGAAGAGUCGCUUUCCAGGAAUGGUCAAUCAAGGUCCUCCAUUUACCAACCAACCCAAUAUGCCCUCAGUGCCAGGGGUGAAGCUCACACAGCCCAGUAUAUCAACAGUCACCACAGGACCACCUUCUAUGAUGCCACAGCAACAAGUGGCUCCAAAUCAGCAGCAGCCAGUCCCACCUCCAGGGCAGCCUGCACCCAAUCAGCAGCCACAGGCAGUACCUCAGCAGCAAGCCACAGCAAAUCAGCCCACAACGGCAUCAUCACAACCCAACAUGCCUGGUGUGUCUGGAGGUCAAGGCAAUGCAAAUUCAAUUGGACAGCAGCAAGGUGUGGCCAAUAAAAUUGUAGCAUGGACUGGUGUUCUGGAGUGGCAAGAGAAACCUAAAACUUCAUCCAUGGAUUCAACCACCAAACUGACACGUUCUCUGCCGUGUCAAGUGCAUGUCAACCAAGGAGAAAAUCUGAACACAGAUCAGUGGCCACAGAAGCUCAUUAUGCAGCUGAUUCCACAGGCGCUGUUGACAACCCUAGGCCACCUCUUCAGAAACUCUCGAAUGGUUCAGUUUCUCUUCACCAACAAAGACAUGGAGUCCCUGAAAGGCUUGUACCGCAUAAUGGCAAAUGGUUUUGCCGGCUGUGUUCACUUCCCCCACACUACUUCGCCCUGUGAGGUGCGGGUGCUGAUGCUGCUCUACUCAUCCAAGAAGAGAAUAUUCAUGGGUCUCAUCCCCAAUGAUCAGAGCGGCUUCGUCAACGGUAUUCGGCAAGUCAUCACCAACCACAAGCAGGUCCAGCAGCACAGAGCGCAGUUAGGCGGUGGAGGGGGUCCUAUGCAGCCUGGACAAGUCCCCCCCAACCAGAACUUCCUCAAUAGGGCCCCUGGUCCCAUCCCCGUCUCGCACGGCAACGUUCAGCAGCAGUCUGUGGUGGUGGGCAUGCCCCCUGUUAGUCAGGUGGCUAUGAUGGAGGAGCAGCAGAGGCAGAACAACUUGAUGACAAUGCGAGCAACAGGACCGACCAACCAACAGCCGCCAGUCAGUGGUGCUCCGCCCAAUCAGGUAGCACAGAGUGGGCAAGCUCCACCCCAGGGGCAGAUACUUCGACUCUCUAAUCCAGGAGCCAAUCCACAGCUUCGUAGUCUUCUCCUUAGCCAACAGCAGCCACAGGGUGGGAUGUCUCACAUGCCAGGGAUGAUGGCUCACCAAGGGUUAGGGCAGCAGUUGGUCCACACGGCGCCAGGAAGUGGUGCUCAAAUGCAGGGCCAAUGGAGGCAGCCUUUGGCAGGUCAGAUGCUGAUGUCAGGAGGUCAAAGAGGUGCUGUUCCCCAGCCCGGGAUGCCCCAAGUCUCCAGUGUCAUGGAAGACGAAAUCCUCAUGGACCUUAUCUGAAUGACCGUUGUGGACUCAGGAACAGGAUUUUCAGUUGAAAUUCUGUCACCAUUUGCCAGUUGGGAUGCAUACAUCCUCUCUCUCUCUUGCUUUAUUGCUGCAAAUGUUCAACAUAAUUAAGGAACGAGUCAUGAGUCGUUUCUUUCUUUUUUUUUUUUUUAUGGGACUGAGAAGCCGAAGUUAAUUAGGGGCAGACAAUGCGAGCAUUAGUUUUUCAUGUAAAUGGUCAAACAGACAGCACGCUAAUCCUCCAUGCUACACACUGGAUGAAGCCAAACCAGUGGAAAACUAUUGUCACACUUCUACUACUCUUUAAGUUCAGCAUUUUAUCAUUGGAAUCUAAAUAGUAAAUAGUGUUGGUUUUUCUUUUUAAUUGAGAUUUUACUUUUCUUACGGAGAUCUUUUUUUAAUUAUUAAGAAUGAUGUUGUAUGAGGAUAAAUAAAAGAAACAAAGAAAGCAGAUAUUUUGAAGUGCUUCACCAUCUUGAAGAUGUUUUUGCAUGCGAUGGUCUAGUGUCUCCCCCAGCCCUGCCCUCAACCCUUUGUGAAGUCAAGUUGGACUGUUAAGGUGAGAGAGAGACUGAAAUAGACACAGUAAUAGAUCGUUCAGUGUCUUUUUCUGCCAAAUAGUGUCACAGUGUUAAUUUUAACUACUCCAAUAUGUUGUGGAACCAUAGAGUCCCCUUGUGCCAAGCAGUCCUACCAGAUGGCAUCAGUUGGCCGUGUUUCCUUUGGCAUAAUGUACAAUCAGGCUGACCGCAUGCGCAUACGGCACAGAUUCUACGUAUAUACUGGGUCUGCUGUCAAACUGCAUCCUUGCAUGCACAGUCAAUGUAUUGAAGUUAAAUGCUGCUCACCAACCAACACUUAGAGUGUCCUGUCAAGCUGCAAAGCCAAGCCAGCUGUGAACAGGAAGUUAGAAAGGCACAUGAACUUUCCUUACCCUCACAGUCCUUACAUAGAUCAGCCCAUUUAUGUAUAAUUUUGUGCAGUUUUAUACUUGGACACUGUAUGUACACACACAGGCCAACAGGAAGUGAUGUCAGUCCCUGUCACCUGGGAGACAGAGACGGUUGCUAAGAUACCAUGACAGUGGGUUCUUGUUUCUGAGCUUUCACUCAGCCCCGCUUUCACAUGGACUCACACAAAUAGACACUAGUCCCUCAGUGGCUGGUUUUCAUCCCUCCCCUCCCUUUAUCACUGACCAGCCCUCGGAGGCCGGCUUAGUUUCACUUUAUCUUCAUCUCACUCUCUUUAUAUCUGCUUCCAUCUUAUUUUCAAACUAUUAAUGCCUAUUUGAGGUCAUGUGUUUUAGUUUUUUAGCUUUUUUUUUUUUUUUUGCACUGAAAAAAUGUUUACAGAUCUAUUCAUGAUGUGUAAAAUAUGUGGCAAUUUGAGUGUCAUAGAAGAUGAAAUCCUCAUGAACCUUAUUUGAAUUAUUAAAAAAUGACCUAUGUCACACUUCCACCAAGUAAAAAAAAAAUUAUAGUCCAGUAGUUUUUGUAUAAUCCUGACUGACAUGCAGAAAGGCAAUAUUUCUUUAUUUAUAAGCCUUUAUUUAUAAUACUAGCUUUAUCAUUUUUGGGAACAAGCAUGUUCCCUUAGAUCUGGAGAACCUAAUUUAAAAACUUGUGCAAAUCUCUAACACUAUACUGCUUCAUUCAUAACAGUAUGAUGUAACGUGUGCAUAUGUUGCCUUCACUGAAAAAUUAUCUCUUCUGUGAUUUGGAUGUAGCAUUUAAAAACACUGGCAAUUUCAGUGAUAUUUAAAUAACUUGUCCAGCCUUAAGUCCAGAUGAUUAAUUGUAGUGGUAAAUAAAAAAUGUGGCUAUAUUGA